UAAAGCCUUUGAGAUUUGAGGAAGACCUUCCGCCCUAUCUCCCUUUCACGGCCGACUUACAGUCUUUUACGACAGUAUCCGGAUCGCGCGCGGGCUUGCUUUCCGGCAACGUGGGCUGACGUCUCGCUAAUUUUCCUACAGGGCUGCGCAGGUUUCCCCCUUCUGCGAAUCGGCCACUGGAGGGGUUCAAAUGUUCGAGUACCAAUACGGGAAUGAGCCUCUUUGAUCUCUUCCGGGGCUUUUUCGGCUUUCCUGGACCUCGGAGCCACAGAGAUCCCUUUUUUGGAGGGAUGACUCGAGAUGAAGAUGAUGAGGAAGAAGAGGAAGAAGGAGGCGCAUGGGGCCGUGGGAACCCCAUGUUCGAGAGUCCUCAGCCCCCUGAGGAAUUUGGCUUCGGCUUCAGCCCAGGAGGAGGGAUACGUUUCCAUGAUAACUUCGGCUUUGAUGACCUAGUACGAGAUUUCAAUAGCAUCUUCAGCCAUAUGGGGGCCUGGACCUUGCCUUCUCAUCUUCCUGAACUUCCAGGUCCUGAUUCAGAGACACCUGGUGAGAGACUGCGGGAGGGACAAACACUUCGGGACUCAAUGCUUAAGUAUCCAGAUAGUCACCAGCCCAGGAUCUUUGGGGGGGUCUUGGAGAGUGAUGCAAGGAGUGAAUCCCCCAAACCAACACCAUACUGGGGCUUCCAGAGACCAUUUCAUAGGUUUGAUGACAUAUGGCCUGUGGACCCCCAUCCUAGAACCAAAGAGGACAAUGAUCUUGAUGCCCAGGUUGCCCAGGAGGGUCUUGGCUCAGUUCUACAGCCCCAGCCCAAAUCCUAUUUCAAGAGCAUCUCUGUGACCAAGAUCACUAAGCCAGAUGGGGUAGUGGAGGAGCGCAGGACGGUGGUGGACAGUGAGGGCCGGACAGAGACCACAGUAACCCGACAUGAAGCAGAUAGCAGUCCUAGGGGUGAUCCAGAAUCACCAAGACCUCCAGCCCUGGAUGAUGCCUUCUCCAUCCUGGACUUAUUCCUAGGACGUUGGUUCCGGUCCCGGUAGUCUUGUUAACGCUCAGAGGCCUUCAGGUCCUUUCCACUUCCCACCCAUUGCUCACCAUCAAUAAGCUUAGCUUCUCCUCUUGCCACCUCAGGGACUUGGAUAUGUGGAAUAGUGAACUGGGGGUAUGUCAGUUUGUUACUCACCCAAACUGACCAAUAAAACCUUUAUUUAGGC